GCAAAACUCACCUGUUUCCGAGCCAUUCGGUCCCAGACCCGGUCCCACACCUGACAAACAUGUCUGACAAAGGAGCCUUCGACACCAACGUGCUCACGCUCACCAGAUUCGUUCUGGAGGAGGGCAGGAAGGCCCAGGGAACCGGCGAGCUGACCAACCUGCUGAGCUCCAUCUGCACAGCUGUCAAAGCCAUUUCCACCGCCGUCAGGAAGGCCGGGAUCGCUAACCUUUAUGGCAUCGCUGGAAGCACCAACGUGACGGGGGACCAGGUGAAGAAGCUGGACGUCCUGUCCAACGACCUGGUCGUCAACAUGAUCAAGUCGUCCUUCACCUCCUGCGUGCUGGUGUCGGAGGAGGACGAGAAGGCCAUCAUAGUGGAGCCUGACAAGCGGGGAAAAUACAUUGUGUGCUUCGAUCCACUGGACGGAUCCUCUAACAUCGACUGUUUGGUCUCCAUUGGGACCAUUUUUGCUGUCUACAGAAAGACUACAGACGGUGAACCAACAGAGAAAGAUGCUCUGCAGCCUGGGAGGAACAUCGUGGCAGCCGGUUACGCUCUGUACGGCAGCGCCACCAUGAUGGUCCUGUCCACCGGUCAGGGAGUCAACUGCUUCAUGCUCGACCCUGCGAUAGGUGAGUUCAUUUUGGUGGAUCGAGACGUUAAGAUCAAGAAAAAGGGGAAAAUCUACAGUUUGAAUGAAGGAUACGCUCAGCAGUUUUACCCAGAUGUGACCGAGUACCUACAAAAGAAGAAAUACCCAGAGGACGGCUCUGCUGCAUAUGGCAGCCGAUACGUCGGGUCGAUGGUCGCCGAUGUUCACCGCACUCUGGUGUACGGAGGAAUCUUUCUAUAUCCGGCUAAUGUCAAGAGCCCGAAGGGAAAGCUGAGGCUGCUGUACGAAUGCAACCCCAUGGCCUUCAUCAUGGAGCAGGCCGGAGGCAUGGCCACGACGGGAGCCGUCAACAUCCUGGACAUCCAGCCAACCAACAUCCACCAGCGGGUCCCCGUGGUCCUGGGCUCUCCUGACGACGUGCAGGAGUAUCUCUCCAUUUACAAGAAGCAUAACAAAUGAGGCGUGGUCCUCAGGUCCAGUCUGCUGCCGCUGCAAACGCGCGUCCAGGUCUAACAUCACGACCGAGAGGCUGAAACGGGUCAUAAGUUAUGAGAAAAUGCCGACUCGCACAGAGCGGAUGCCCACUGUUGUGUGUAAAGAGGUUUUUUAAUAAAGACAAAUGAACGGA